ACGAAAUGACCCAAAGAUCAAAUAUUUGGAUGUAUCUCGAUUGUCUGAGCUGCGCGGAGACGUCCAUUCUAAGCCAGAUAAAGACUGUCUUCAUAUGUGUAUCCCAGGCCCUGUUGACGAGUGGAACAAGCUCCUAUAUCAUGAAAUUAUGAGAGAUCUUCUUGGCUAAAAGCUGCCAAUCAACCGCGCCAGCUCAGGCCACGCAAGCCAUGGGCCGCGUCAGGCCCGGAUAAAUUUCUAUUUCGGCAACAAUUUGGCCGUUAAUUUUGAGUCAAAGUAUAAAAAUCGAUAGAAAAAAAAACCAACUUGUAAUUCAUAGACCAUGACAGAUAUUAAACACGAUACCACUCCAACGCUGCCUGCAGUGAUUCCACCUACUUCGCACUUAAACUUCCUUCGCACUUGGUGGCAGCGCUCGGACAAAACUUCUGAAAUUGCAGAGUCCCGACUUCUCAACCAUUACCUCACUAAGAAUGUCAUCGCUAGAGUGGACCGUGUCGACAUUGGUGGCGAAAAUCGCUUCAUCAACACUCUUGUUGUCGAAAAGGCCAAUAAUAAGAAUCUCAGUAGAGGAGAAGUCGAACAUGGCUCGAACGACGGCCCUGUCGAUGAUAAGAAAGCCCUUGUGAUGUGCCAUGGUUAUGGAGCAGGUCUUGGUUUCUUUUACAAGAAUUAUAACGAUAUUGCUCAAGCCAGCCCUGGCUACCGCAUUUUCUCGAUUGAUUGGUUGGGUAUGGGUAGAAGCUCACGUCCAAAGUGGCAGAUAUUGAAAAAGAGAAAUCAAUCAUGGGACGAUGUUGUUGAAGAGACCGAAUCUCACUUUAUACAAUGCUUGGAAGAUUGGAGAAAGGCUCAGAAACUCGAGAAAAUGACCUUGAUGGGGCACUCACUAGGAGGCUAUAUGGCAACCUGCUACGCACUCAAGCACCCUGAGCGUGUUGAAAAACUCAUUCUCGUGUCACCUGUUGGUCUUCCUGUCAGUCCCUUUGAUCAGACGGAAGAAGAUAAACCAGAAGUGGCUUUACCAAAGGAAGCUGAACAGCUCGGAAAAGCUAUGGAGGCCGAAGUGACGGAACGUGAAUUUCAAAAUUCACCCAACGGAACACCUAGACGUAUCCCAAGCUGGGCAGCUUAUCUCUGGGAUAAAAAUGUGACUCCUAUGAGUGUGGUGCGACUCGGUGGUCCACUAGGCGCUAGACUGGUAAACCAAUAUACCAGCCGUCGAUUUGCGCACCUAAACACUGAAGAGCAACAUUCUUUGUACGACUAUCUAUACCACAUCACAUCCUCCACUGGCUCUGGAGAAUACGCAUUAGCUUCCGUUUUGUCUCCUGGAGCUUAUGCUCGCAAACCCCUAAUCCACCGACUUCCGGAACUAAAGAUGCCAACAGUGUUUAUCUACGGCACUAUUGACUGGAUGGAUUACAAGUCUGCAGAAGAGGCUGGCAAGAAGAUGAGUGUAUAUACAAAGAUCUACCGUAUUAGCGCAGGAGGACACCAUAUGUACUUGGACAACCAUAAGGAAUUUAACGAUGUGGUCACAGAAGUGCUUGGUGCAUAAUGAACCGUUCGUUUAUGAAAGUAAACUUGAAACUCCAGCUAGACUACUACACAAAAUUGUAAUUUUACGUAAACAUAAAACACUCCCAAUUAAUUUGAAGCUGAUGGAUAUAGAUGGAAUACGAUUGCUA